CGGGUGCCCAGGCGGGGGACGCUGCCUCCCCACCGCCGGUGCGGGCGGCGAAAGCCGCGCGCCAGGGGGUUCCAGCGGCCCCCGGUGACCUGCGACUCCAGCUCCCUUCCUGGCCUCCCCGCGGGGCUUCUGCCCUCUCUGCACGGCCCACCAUGGAGCGCGCGGCGGGUGCGCUCGAAGAUGCCUUCUCGGGCCGGGUUCUCGAAAGCAGAGCCGCGGGGGCCCGUUGGGAUCUUACCGUACCGGGCAGUGGUCCGCGCUCGGAGUCCCGGGCGCCGCGCGGGGACACUGCCGGGGCUCCCCGGCCCGCGCCCGAGCCGCCGCCGCUGUGCCCAGGGGGCGAGUGCCCGCCUGCCACCCCCCGCCCGGAGGUGCCGCGCGCCCUUAGGGUCCGCCCCGCACGUGCCAGCUCGGCGCCCGCGGCGCCCGGACAGCCCCGGGACUCUGCCAGGUGGAUGUUGUGCGUAGCCGGAGCCAAGUUGAAGAGGGAACUCGAUGCCACCGCAACGGUAUUGGCGAACCGGCAGGAUGAAAGCGAGCAGUCCAGAAAGCGGCUUAUCGAACAGAGCCGAGAGUUCAAGAAGAACACUCCAGAGGAUUUGCGCAAGCAGGUAGCGCCGCUGCUGAAGAGCUUCCAAGGAGAGAUUGAUGCACUGAGUAAAAGAAGCAAGGAAGCUGAAGCAGCUUUCUUGAAUGUCUACAAAAGAUUGAUUGACGUCCCAGAUCCAGUACCGGCUUUGGAUCUUGGACAGCAACUCCAGCUCAAAGUGCAGCGGCUGCACGAUAUUGAAACAGAGAACCAGAAACUUAGGGAAACUCUGGAAGAAUACAACAAGGAAUUUGCCGAAGUGAAGAAUCAAGAGGUUACGAUAAAAGCACUUAAAGAGAAAAUCCGAGAAUAUGAACAGACACUGAAGAACCAAGCCGAAACCAUAGCUCUUGAGAAGGAACAGAAGUUACAGAAUGACUUUGCAGAAAAGGAGAGAAAGCUGCAGGAGACACAGAUGUCCACCACCUCGAAGCUGGAGGAAGCUGAGCAUAAGGUUCAGAGCCUACAAACAGCCCUGGAAAAAACUCGAACAGAAUUAUUUGACCUGAAAACCAAAUACGAUGAAGAAACUACUGCAAAGGCCGACGAGAUUGAAAUGAUCAUGACGGACCUUGAAAGGGCAAACCAGAGAGAGGCGGAGACCUUAAGAGAACAGCUCUCAUCGGCCAAUCACUCCCUCCAGCUGGCCUCCCAGAUCCAGAAGGCACCAGACGUGGAGCAGGCCAUAGAGGUGCUGACCCGCUCCAGCCUAGAAGUUGAGUUGGCCGCCAAGGAGCGGGAGAUCGCACAGCUGGUGGAGGACGUGCAGAGACUCCAGGCCGGCCUCACCAAACUGCGGGAGAACUCGGCCAGCCAGAUCUCACAGCUCGAGCAGCAACUGAGCGCCAAGAACAGCACACUCAAACAACUGGAAGAAAAACUCAAAGGCCAGGCUGACUAUGAAGAGGUGAAGAAAGAGCUGAACAUUCUGAAGUCCAUGGAGUUUGCACCAUCCGAGGGCGCUGGGACACAGGACGCGGCCAAGCCCCUGGAGGUGCUGUUGCUGGAGAAGAACCGAUCGCUGCAGUCCGAGAACGCCGCGCUGCGCAUCUCCAACAGCGACCUGAGCGGGUCAGCCAGGAGAAAAGGUAAAGACCAGCCUGAAGGUCGGCGCCCGGGAUCUUUGCCGGCCCCCCCUCCUUCUCAGUUGCCCCGCAACCCGGGGGAGCAGGCUUCCAAUACUAAUGGUACACACCAGUUCUCACCAGCGGGGUUAAGUCAAGACUUUUUCAGCUCAUCCCUGGCAAGCCCCAGCCUACCCCUGGCUUCUACAGGAAAAUUUGCACUAAACUCUCUUCUCCAGCGACAGCUAAUGCAGUCCUUCUACUCCAAGGCUAUGCAGGAAGCCGGAAGCACAAGCAUGAUUUUUUCAACAGGUCCAUACAGCACAAACUCCAUAUCUUCCCAAAGUCCAUUACAACAAAGCCCAGAUGUCAAUGGCAUGGCCCCAUCCCCCAGCCAGUCAGAAAGUGCUGGGAGCGUCUCCGAGGGCGAGGACAUGGACACUGCAGAAAUCGCCCGGCAGGUCAAAGAGCAGCUGAUUAAGCACAAUAUCGGACAACGGAUUUUCGGACAUUACGUCUUGGGACUGUCUCAAGGGUCCGUGAGCGAGAUUCUGGCCCGGCCCAAGCCAUGGAAUAAACUGACUGUUCGCGGCAAGGAGCCAUUUCACAAGAUGAAACAGUUCCUCUCCGAUGAGCAGAACAUCCUGGCCCUCCGUAGCAUCCAAGGCAGACAAAGAGAGAAUCCAGGCCAGAGCCUGAACAGACUAUUUCAGGAAGUACCGAAACGAAGAAAUGGGUCUGAAGGUAACAUCACCACCCGGAUCCGAGCCUCCGAGACUGGCUCCGAUGAAGCCAUCAAGUCCAUCCUAGAGCAAGCCAAGCGGGAGCUCCAAGUGCAGAAAACUGCAGAGCCAGCCCAGCCUUCCUCCGCAUCCGGCAGUGGGAACUCCGAUGAUGCCAUCCGCUCCAUCCUGCAGCAAGCCCGCCGAGAGAUGGAGGCCCAGCAGGCCGCCCUCGACCCCACCUUAAAGCCGGCACCGCUGUCCCAGAGCGACAUCACCAUCCUCACCCCCAAGCUUCUGUCCACCUCGUCCAUGCCGACCGUGUCCACCUACCCGCCUCUCGCCAUCUCCCUGAAGAAGCCCCCCGCAGCUCCCGAGGCGGGUGCCUCUGCUCUGCCAAACCCCCCGCCCCUCAAAAAGGAGGCCCAGGACACCCCCGGGCUGGACCCCCAGGGAGUGGCUGAUUGUGCACAAGGGGUCCUGAGACAGGUGAAAAACGAGGUGGGCCGCAGCGGCGCAUGGAAGGAUCACUGGUGGAGCGCGGUGCAGGUGCAGCCGGAGAGAAGGAACGCCACCGCCUCCUCCGAGGAGGCCAAGGCCGAAGAAGCGGGCAGCGGGAAAGAGAAGGGCGGCGGCGGCAGCAGCGGUGGCAGCCAGCCUCGGGCGGAGCGAAGUCAGCUCCAGGGACCUGCGUCGUCAGAGUAUUGGAAGGAGUGGCCCAGCGCGGAGUCCCCAUACUCCCAGAGCUCAGAGCUGAGUCUGACUGGGGCCAGCCGCAGCGAGACACCGCAGAACAGCCCCCUGCCAUCCUCCCCGAUCGUGCCCAUGUCCAAGCCCACCAAGCCCUCAGUCCCCCCGCUGACCCCCGAGCAGUACGAGGUCUACAUGUACCAGGAGGUGGACACCAUCGAGCUCACCCGGCAGGUUAAGGAGAAACUGGCCAAGAAUGGCAUCUGCCAGAGAAUCUUCGGGGAGAAGGUGCUGGGCCUGUCCCAGGGCAGUGUCAGUGACAUGCUGUCCCGACCGAAGCCGUGGAGCAAGCUGACGCAGAAAGGCCGAGAACCCUUCAUCCGGAUGCAGCUCUGGCUGAAUGGCGAGCUGGGCCAGGGUGUUCUACCCGUCCAGGGCCAGCAGCAAGGGCCAGUACUCCACUCCGUGACAUCGCUCCAGGACCCCCUGCAGCAGGGCUGUGUCAGCUCAGAAAGCACUCCAAAGACCUCCGCCAGCUGCAGCCCUGCCCCUGAGUCCCCGAUGAGCUCCAGCGAGUCGGUGAAGAGCCUGACCGAGCUGGUCCAGCAGCCCUGUCCCCCUAUAGAGGCGAACAAGGAUGGCAAGCCCCCGGAGCCCAGUGACCCGCCAGCAUCCGACUCCCAGCCCGCAACCCCGCUGCCUCUCUCCGGACACUCGGCCCUCAGCAUCCAAGAACUGGUAGCCAUGUCCCCGGAGCUGGACACCUACGGCAUCACCAAGCGGGUGAAGGAGGUGCUGACGGACAACAACCUCGGCCAGCGCUUGUUUGGGGAAACCAUCUUAGGGCUCACCCAAGGCUCCGUCUCUGACCUCCUUGCCCGCCCAAAACCCUGGCAUAAGCUCAGUCUGAAAGGACGGGAGCCCUUCGUCCGGAUGCAGCUGUGGCUGAACGACCCCAACAAUGUGGAGAAGCUGAUGGACAUGAAACGGAUGGAGAAGAAAGCCUACAUGAAGCGGCGGCACAGCUCAGUCAGUGACACUCAGCCCUGCGAGCCACCCUCCGUGGGCACCGAGUACAGCCAGGGCGCCAGCCCCCAGCCCCAGCACCAGCUGAAGAAACCCCGGGUGGUGCUGGCUCCUGAGGAGAAGGAGGCCCUGAAACGAGCGUAUCAACAAAAGCCAUACCCGUCACCAAAAACCAUCGAAGACCUCGCCACCCAGCUCAACCUGAAAACCAGCACCGUCAUCAACUGGUUUCACAACUACAGGUCUCGGAUCCGCAGAGAACUGUUCAUUGAGGAAAUUCAGGCCGGAAGCCAGGGCCAGGCGGGCGCCAGCGACUCCCCCUCGGCCCGCAGCGGCCGGGCGGCGCCCAGCUCGGAGGGCGACAGCUGCGACGGCGUGGAGGCCGCCGAGGGCCCGGGCAGCGCCGACGCGGAGGAGCCCAAGUCUCAGGGAGAGGCCGAGCGGGAGGAGGCGCCGCGGCCGGCGGAGCAGACGGAGCCGCCGCCCUCGGGGACCCCGGGCCCGGACGACGCCCGCGACGACGACCACGAGGGAGGCCCCGCGGACGGCCCGGGGCCCCUGCCCAGCCCCGCCACCGCCACCGCCGCGCCCGCGGCCCCCGAGGACGCCGCUACCUCAGCCGCCGCCCCGCCCGGCGAGGGCCCCGCGGCCCCGAGCUCCGCGCCGCCGCCCGGCAGCAGCAGCAGCAGCAGCGGCAGCGGCAGCAGCGCCCCCCGCAGGCCCAGCUCGCUGCAGAGCCUCUUCGGCCUCCCCGAGGCCGCGGGCGCCCGGGACUCGCGCGACAACCCCCUGCGCAAGAAGAAGGCCGCGAACUUGAACAGCAUCAUCCACCGCCUGGAGAAGGCCGCCAGCCGGGAGGAACCUAUCGAAUGGGAGUUCUGAGGGGCCGCGGCCCCGGGGCGGGCAGCUGGGCCGGGCCGCGAAGGCCUGGACGGGCCUGACGGGGCCCGCGCCGCGGACACCGUGACCUGGGCUCGACCCGCGGUCCGCGCCGACCCCGGGGCCGGACCUGAGCCCGCGCGCGGCCCAGACCCACCCCGCGGUCCGCGGCCUGCACCAACCCCGAGGCCCAGAUCCAAGCCCAAGGCCUGGGCAGACCCCGCGGCCUCCACGACCCCACGGCCCAGACCCAGCCCGCGGCCUGGACCGCGUCGCGCACUUACCGCCCUGCGGGCCACAGGGCAAAAUCGCCAUAGGCCAAGGUGCAUAUAGAAAACAAAGGAGCAUUAAGCCCAAUCUAUGUCGUGUUUUCAAGGAAGAAAACAGAAAUGUGUGGUCGAGCUUUUUUGUACCCUGAAGUGUUUUUUUAAUUGCCCUAAGUGAUUUCCACAGGUUCUGGAAUAACUCUUACAGCUUUGCCUUGUGUCCUCCUGUUCCGUGUGGGCUUUAAAAAAAAAAAAAAAUCAAACCCACAUAUUAAAAGGGGGCUUUUUAUCUGCCAUCUAAUGGCUUCAGAGCGAUAAUACACUAUUAUCUUCUUAAACCAGGAAAAAAAAGGGGGGGGGGGAGGGAUUUUUCAGAAAAAUUAAAAAAGAAAGUUUUUGUAGCUGUUCAGUUGCCACUAAGAGAUUGCACAGUCAAAACGACUCUAAACACACUAGUUUGGAUUCCUAAAUAUUUUCAAGAAAAGAAAUCUUCUCGUUUGAAACUUUGAAUUAAAAUAAAACACAUUUACUCCACAUAUUUUUUAACAAAAAGAAGACGUCACAUCAGGAAACUCUGAUUUUGUGGUAGCUGACAUAGUGUUUUCUUGUACGUGAAUAGAAUCCUGACAUGUAGUGCACAUCAAUGUAUAGCUUUAACUGACCCUGGGUUUUGCAGACCAGGGUUUGUUUAAUACACUCCAUUCUAGGCCAAAUCAGGACAGAAAAAAAAA